AUGAGCAAAGAUACCAUCCAAUUCCGUGUCGCGACUACCGACGAUGCGCCGCAGCUUCAAGGAAUGGUUCAAUCAGCAUUCCGCGCCGUGGAUGUUAGACAGAAUUGGACAGCCGACAUGGAAUUAAACGCGCGUUUCCGUAUCGAUACCCAGGAGAUCGUGGAUAAGAUUACUAAUCCCGAUAGCGCGAUCCUGAUCGCCACCGACGUCGAUGAUGCCGCGAUGGCGUGCUGUCAGGUUGUGAAGCGCAAUGCUGACCUCGCGCGCUUCGCUAUGUUUGCCGUUGAUCAGCAGUAUCAACGACGCGGGCUUGGAAGGUAUAUCCUGGCGUAUGUGGAGGAUUAUUGCAGGCAGACGUUAGGGGCUAGGAGACUCGAUUUGGAUGCGCUUUCGACGAGGGAGGAACUUAUCGCGUGGUAUGAACGUUGUGGUUACGUGAAGACGGGUGAGACGACGCCGUUUCCUUAUGAGAGGAUUCAGGGUAUUGCUCUGGCUGAGGGUCUGCGGUUUAUCAUUUUGGAGAAGGAUCUUAUCGCCGAUAGUGAGGUUAAAGCUGUUUAA